AUGGUUUGCAAAACCAGAGAAGUCGGCAGAAUGACGGAGGAAAUCCAAAGCAGAAUCCUGCUAACAAUUAUGGGAAUCGUUUCAGCUCCUCAUGGUCAAGACAGAACAAGUUUGAUCGUGGUAAGCCCAUCAAGCCGCCGACAUGUUACUUCUCCAGAAAAGCUGGUCAGCUGAUUUCUAGCAGCCUGGAAAAGUGGAGAGUAGCGCCUAAGCGUGAUGGUUUUCUCGUUAAAACAUUUUAUUUAACUGCUGUUGGUGAAGAUACAUCCCCCUCCCCAAGUUCUAAGAGAGAAGACUCAGGCAAGUGCUUUGAGUGAAGUCAGUGGCCCCUGCAAAUCUGUCAUUGUUUUCUUUCAGCGCGUCAUCCACGAUGGUUCGGUGUCAUUGUCAACUGAUACGUCCAACUCCAUACCAAUCAAGAUUUUGACAGGCACUGGAGCCUCACAGUUUCUAUUGCUGAGUGACCCUUUGGUGUUUUCUGAGAAGUCGUCCACUUGUGCGAGUGUUCUAAUAAGAGGAAUCAGUUCCAAGUAUACCCCGGUGCCAUCAUAUACAGUAUACACCAGUAUACACCAGUAGUUGUCAAUGCUAUUGUCACCGACAAGCGUGGUUAAGAAAAGUCUCCAGAGCCAGUAGAGAGGAGAAUUCUCCGUCUGUACCCAUAAUGUGUCGUGACGCGAGCCAUAAGUAAGAAGUUAGAAACCAGAGACAAAACAGGUAACGUUAGCUGACACCGCCAUCAGCCAGGUCCUUACGGGUGAGCAACCGAAUCCCUCUUUCUUUCAGCCAGUAUAAGUACUUUCUGAGAAACGUUUAAUGGAACAGGUCGAAAAGAUGUCAACUUCUCAACCCAUUGCAGAACAACACGAAGACCCGGAAGUCUCACCUAUAUUUUCAAGAAGUGUUAGAGAAAGCGAAGUAUCUCAGAACCCCACCUGUUACUUUACAAAGAAUGAAGUGCUAAUGAAAAUGUGGAGACCACCCGAUGUUCCCACAGAAGAGGAGUUGGCUGUCCAGUACCAGAUUAUUGUCCCAAAGACCUACAGACCGGACGUUUUAAGCACA